AUGGGGUUGCCGGCAGCAGGAAAGUCGACACUUGCUUCGAAGCUGCUCGAAUACCGUCCAAACUCCGCUUUAUUUUCCUUGGAUGAAAUAAAUGGGAGAUGGUCAAGCGAUUUUGAAGCACAUAAGGACAGAAAAGCCUUCGAGCAAAAGGUACGACUGCAUUUGGAGCAAAAACGCAUCGAAGAAUUUGACAAUUGGAUAAUUGUGGAUGACAAUUUCUACCUCCAAAGUAUGCGUCGACCUUUCAAAAGAAUGGCCCGGGCGUUUGGGAUGCUUUACUUUUGCAUUUUGGUGGAGAUCGACCUACGAUAUGCUCUACAGAAAAACUCGAAGAGGGGUGAAGAUCGAGUUUCCGAUGAAACAAUCAUAAAAAUGUCAAGAGAAAUGGAAAUUCCUGAAGAUGCUUUGGUAUAUAGAAGUCAGGGACUAGAGGAGAUUGUUAAACUCCUCAGCCAACCUCGUCCAAAGCGUGUAACAAAGCAAGCGCUGCCUUCUUCUCAACCUUCUCCUUCUGUUUUGUCCGAAAUGGAUCUGCUGUUGAGGUCUGCAGUGUCAGAAGCUACAGUCCGAAAAUGCUUUACACAAAGACGAAAUUCGGAAAUUGCUGUUGGACGAGUACUUCGCCAUCAUGCAGCGUCAAGAAGAUGGAGAUCCUCGUUGAGCCAUACUGCCACGGCAAAGUACCUGAACAACGGAACAGUGCCUAGGGUUCGCACCACGUUCCCCUUAAUUUCUCAUUAUAUAUUUGCGCUCCUCGUGUUCAUUGUGAACGACCAUUCCAUUGCAGUGACUUGCGGAAGCUAUCCAGCCAUUCUUGGUUACAUCGAACUCUGGUCUUCUCUGCGAGAGGUUACUGAGAGCGGGCAUUUACUGUUGGUAGCUGCAGGCGAUUUUGAAUCUACGGGAUCUGCCGUGUAG